AUGGCCGCCAUCAAGGCGCUGCAGCAAUGGUGCCGGCAGCAGUGCGAGGGAUACCGGGACGUGAGCAUCACCAACAUGACCACGUCGUUCCGCGACGGCCUGGCCUUCUGCGCCAUCCUGCACCGCCAUCGGCCCGACCUCAUAGACUUUGACGCUCUCAGGAAGGAAAACGUCUAUGAGAACAACAAGUUGGCCUUCCGCGUGGCAGAGGAGCAGCUGGGCAUCCCGGCCCUGCUGGACGCCGAGGACAUGGUGGCCCUGAAGGUGCCGGACCGGCUGAGCAUCCUGACCUACGUGUCCCAGUACUACAACUAUUUCCACGGACGCUCCCCCAUCGGGGGCCUGGCCGGCGUGAAGAGGUCCCAGUCCGAAUCUGACGAGGAACCUUCCGGGAAGAAGGCCCCGCCCCAGCCGGCCAGGCCCUCGCCCGCCCCCGCCCGGGGGCAGCCGCUGUCUCCGAUCAGCACCAACGCCGUUGGCCAGCGGAAGGACGGGGGUCCAUCAGCUGCCGCCCCUCCCAAGGGCCAGGCCUCCGCGGGCAGCGCCGUCAGCAGCACCUGCGGGGUCUGUGGCCAGCACGUGCACCUGCUGCAGCGGCACCUGGCUGGCGGGAAGCUGUACCACCGGAGCUGCUUCAGGUGCAAGCAGUGCUCCAACACGCUGCGCCCCGGCGCCUACAGGACCACGGCGGAGCCCGGUGUCUUCAUCUGUUCCAGCCACCACCCCACCACCGCAGCGGCCAGCCCCGUGUUGCCCGGCCGGGCCCCCGGACGGCCAGGGGCCGCCGCCCCGGACUCCAGGCUCCCCAGUGCCCCACAGAAGGCCCGGGAGGCACAGAGGCAGGGAGAGGCGGGGCCAGGGGCCGGGCCCGCAGCCCGGGAGCUCGUGGCGGGCAGCUCCACGGCCAAGGGCUCCUCUCCUGCUGCCGCGCAGCCCCCGGCCACCACCCCCUCCCACGUGCUCUUGGGGAGCCCCGCCAGGCCCUGGCUCUCUGCAGGCCCUGUGGGUGGCAAAGCCAGCAUGCGUGUGACCAACAGCUCCCCCACAGGCUGGUCGUCGCCAGCACAAGACACGGUGGCCAUCAGCCCCCGUCCGGCUGUGACUCCGAGUGCCCCGGGCCCUUGUCUGGCCACAGAAAGCUGGUCCGCCCCCCAGACCAAGCUCAGUCCGGGCCCAGCAUCUGCAGGUCCAGUGGGUGCCCCGGCCUGGACCCCGUCGGCCUCCAAGACGCAGCAGGCCAGGGAGAGGUUCCUGCAGGCGGCUGGAGCCACGCCCAGCCCUGGGCCGGCGAGCAGGGCCCCAGCGGCGGCAGCCGCGCCCACCGGGGUCAGCCACAGGGAGCAGGCGCUGAGCUGCCUCCGCAGGGCCCUUCCGAGGCUCGAGGGGGCUGGCGCUCAGGCGCCCGGCAGUUGUGCCCCGGCUGCCUCCCCGGCUCCGAGCAGCCUCCCCAGAGCUGAAGGGCCACGCACAAGGCUCCCCGCCGAACUGCCACCGGCGGCAUCGCCCCAGGCCCUCAGCCCCUCUGCAAGGACGGCGCCGCUGGCCCCACCGAGCCGGGGUGCCAUCUCCGGGGCCCCCACGCCGCCCCAGGCUGGCAGGAAGAGCUCCGCUGGGCCCCUAGGGGUCGGCAGGGCAGGGGCUGGCUCCAGGCUCAAGCCAGAGGCCCCGCCGGCAACGGGCCCACGUGCCAGCCCCCAGGAAGGCCAGGAGGACGGGCCGGAAGGGUGGAGGGACCGCCUGAAGCCCGUGGAGAGGAGGAGCCCUCCGGAGAGGACCCUGGAGCUGGCGCCGCCGCGGGAGCCAAGGGCGGGGGCUGUGCCCCAGAAGGCCCCUGGGAGUUCCGAGGGGGGUGUCCGCAUCAUCCUGACCCGCGUGCAGCUGGACAGGUCGCCAGGCCCUGCCGGCCCCCAGCCCCGCCUCUCAGCUGCGUCCCCUUCCCCAGCGCCCUCCCCGGCCCACCGCAAGAAGCUGACCGUCCCUGCCACCCUGGACGUUGCUGAUGACUGGCUUCAGCCCACACCCUUGCGGCAGGAAGCCCCGGCCCGGAGUGGGAAGGAGGGGGAGGAGCCCUCUCCCGAGGACCGGCCAGGGAGGCCCCGGGGCCCCGCCGAUGCCCCUGCUCCUCCUGGCAAGGCAGCGGACCCCGCCGUGAGGCUGCACCCCGACUAUGUGCCACAGGAGGAGAUCCAGCGGCAGGUGCAGCAGAUCCAGCGGCAGCUGGACGCCCUGGAGCUCCGGGGCGUGGACCUGGAGCGGCGCCUGCGGGAGGCUGAGGGGGACGCCUCGGAGGACAUGCUCAUGGUGGACUGGUUCCGGCUGGUCCACGAGAAGCAGCUGCUGCUGCGGCUGGAGUCGGAGCUGAUGUACAAGUCCCGGGAGCAGCACCUGGAGGAGCAGCAGCUGGACAUCGAGGGGGAGCUGCGCCAACUGAUGGACAUGCCGGAGGGCCUGAAGUCGCCCCAGGACCGGCAGCGGGAGCAGGACCUGCUGACUCAGUACGUGAGCACUGUGAACGACCGCAGCGACAUCGUCGACUGCCUGGACGAGGACCGGCUCAGGGAGCAAGAGGAGGACCAGAUGCUCGAGAGCAUGAUCCAGAAGCUGGGCCUCCAGAGGAGGAAGUCCAAGUUCCGCUUGUCGAAGAUCUGGUCCUUGAAGGGCAGAAGCAGGACCCCGGAGUGA